GAAAGCUGCUGAGCAUUUGACAAAUGUUAGAAGGGUGGAGAUGACACUACUUGAUGCAAUAUCAGAGAGCUUAGGCCUGGAAAGAGAUUACAUAGAGAAGAGAUUGGGUGGACAUUAUGUAUCAUUGAACUACUAUGGAGCUUGUGAACAAUCAGAACUAGAGCUUACUUAUGGAGUGCGUGGCCAUACUGAUCCAACUAUAAUAACUAUGCUGUUGCAAGAUGAUGUGCCUGGACUUCAGGUUCUAAGUGAGGGAAAGUGGAUGGAUGUUAAUCCUAUUCCAGACACGGUGGUUGUCCAUGUUGGCGAUCUUCUGCAGGCAAUUAGCAACCAUCGAUACAAGAGUUUGCUCCAUCAAGCUAUAGUUAAUUGCGAGAAGGAGCGUAUGUCCAUCGCCUCUUAUUGUUAUCCAUCAUCUGAUGCUACAAUAGGACCUCCUAAGAAGUUGAUAGACAAUGAUCAUCCAGCAAUCUAUAAAGAUUUCACAUUCGGAGAAUUCAGCAAACAGAUGUGGAAAGUAAUAACGCCAACUGAUAAGCGCCUGGACAUUUUCAAGUGCUCUGCUGCCUGAC